AGGAGUAUGAAGUUUAGGUUAUCAGUGCACAGCUGCUGUGAGAGAAUGGUGCACGUCAGUGCUCAUAGGUGCGUGAUAUUGUCCAGCUCUGAUUUUAUACUCGUGCAACUUUAACCGAGGUGCGUACUUUACAAAAGGCUGUUUGCACAAAGUUCAACGCGUCUCCUCUGCGGUUCCAGUCUACAAAUGGCUCGGAUUGUCAGCCCGCAUCCGCACGGGACCGGCGCUGCUUUCAUUCUGCUCGCAGUGAUUCUGACAGGUGAUGCGGUCGCACAGGUUUUUGACAGCUAUGGAUUAUCGUACGCCCUGAGGUCUGAGCCGUCAGAAGACACGAUAUUGGUUGCCAAUAAUGGGAUCCGCGUGCCUUUCGGGAGAUCAGUCUUCAUUGAUCCCAUCAACGAUUUGGUUAUUCAAGUUCAGCCCGGUGAUAGAUGCAGCAUAACAGUCCUGGACAAUGAUCCCUUGUCUCAAAGGCCCGGGCACCUGUCUCCGAAAAAGUUUCCCUGCGAAUUUGGCCCCAACGACGUGAAGUAUUCUCACUUUGGCUCCAGGAGUCCUCCGAGGGACAGAGUGAGGUUACAACUCAGGUAUGACACCCAGACGGAUACAAUUAUAAUCCCCUUCAUGAUGGAGGUGGAGGUCGUUUUCACACAGCUGGAGGCAGUAACGAAAAAUAUGCCUCUCAGUGUUGAGAAACUACUCGGCACAAGUAAUCCCAUCGACAGAAGAAUUUUAGAAUUCACUUAUGACAGAAGUGCACAACAAUGUAAAAUAGCCUCCCUCUCCAGUAGCAGCGUGCUGCCCAGGUAUGGGAAACUUACGGAUGAGGAGAGCCUGGGAACAAUGGUGGACUGUGAUGAAUUUCUUAAGAUGAACACCCGUUAUCAACACACAUUUGCAUUUAAGUCACCAAACAGAGAUUACAUUCCGAUGCUUGUGGAAUUGCAUGAUAAAGAAGGCAAUUUGCUCAAGCAGGAAUUUUUCCAGAUUUUGGUGAGAAUUAAAGAGGGAGAGGACAACACUCCUCCCAAACCCAGCUUUGUUGCAAUGAUGAUGAUGGAAGUGGACCAGUUUGUAAUGACAGCAAUAACCAUGGACAUGUUGGCCGCAGAAGAUGUUGAAUCCAAUCCUGACGAAUUAAUUUUCAACAUCACGUCCCCCCUGUCCUUUGAGGAGGGCUACAUAGUGAGCACAGAUGAUAGGAAUUUACCAAUAACCUCGUUUUAUCAGGGAGACCUCAAAGAUUUGAAAAUCGCUUACAAACCUCCUGCUGUGGAUUCAGACACUGAGCGGAUUUUCCAGAUUGAGUUUGAGGUUGUGGACACAGAGGGGGCUGUGUCAGACCCUUUUGCUUUCAUGAUUGUUGUUAAGCCCAUGAACACGCUGGCCCCCGUGGUGACAAGAAAUACUGGACAGUUACUGUAUGAAGGUCAGUCCAGGCCUUUGUCCAGUUCACAGAAUCUGGAAAUCAGUGACGAGGACAAUUUAGACAAAGUCAAAAUCACUGUUAUUGAUGGACUGCGGCAUGGAGAGCUGACUGUUCUCGGCUCGAGGCGGAAAUUUUUCACUCCAGCUGACCUCGAUGCUGGAAUAGUAGUUUAUCAGCAUGACGGUAGUGACACAUACAGUGAUAACAUCAUUUUCAGAAUGACAGAUGGCACAAAUGAGGUGGAAUUCCUGUUUCCCAUCACUGUUGUGCCAACAGAUGACGAGCCUCCCAUCAUCAACGCCAACACAGGUUUGGUUUUAUUCAAAAACCAAAUGAUGCCAGUCUCCUCACUAAUGCUCAGUGCAGCAGACGUAGACUCAGAGGAUUCCACCAUAAGAUUCACAUUAGAGCCUCCUUUUUCCACAAUCGGGCAAGUGAUGCUACGUCAGUCUGAGGCACCAGAGGAUCCAUCAACCUGGAAGUUUAAUUCAGAGGAUGAAAUGUAUGAGAAAGUAGUGACUGAGUGGCUGCAGCAGGAUAUUACUGAUGGUAAACUGUUUUACAAGCACAUCGGGCCCCACAGCACCAGCACAGUUAUGGAUCAGUUUGUGUUUAGAGUUCAAGAUGACAAUGACCCACCAAAUCAGUCAGGCGAGAGUUCAUUCAUCAUCAAAAUACUCCCUGUCGACGACCUCCCACCUGAACUGUACCCUGGCACGACCCUGCAGAUGACCGUGCAUGAGUAUCAGCUUACUAACUUCCGAAAGAAAUUCCUCCGUUACACUGACCUGGACUCAGAGGAUCGGGAUCUCAAAUACACAAUCAUCCAGCCGCCGACAGACAUAGAUGAGAAUAGCCCUGUUGUACUGGGAGCUCUGGUGCUAACCGAGAAGCCAAGCACUGAAGUCACAACUUUCACUCAGGCACAAAUUAACCACCAUAAAAUAGCUUACAAACCACCGGAUCUCGAGCUUGGAAUUACCACUCAUGUUUUGCAGUUUAGGUACACUGUGGAGGAUGUUUCUAGAAACAGUAUAGAGGGAGUUUUCACUAUAUUUUUACAGCCUGUGGACAACAAGCCACCUCAGAUAACAAACUCUGGGUUUACUGUGCUUGAACGUGGCACAUAUAUCUUUACAAGUGCUGAGCUUGACACCACAGAUACGGAUACUGAUAGCAAAAAGAUAUCCUUCACUAUUACUCAGCCACCACUACAUGGUCAGAUCCGAUUUAAAUUCACUGACAUGACAAAAGGAGACUCUUUCAGCCUGGAGGAUAUUGGGAAUGGUGUAAUUUCAUACAUGCAUAAUGGAGAUGAAACAGCAGUGGAUUCAAUACAAAUAGAUGUCAGUGACGGGGUUCACAUUGUCCCAAUAACGGUGAAAAUUAGUGUGAAGCCAAUUGAUGAUGAGACUCCGACUAUCAGUCUCCCAGCUGGCACAAUUGGCUCCUACAUAGAUGUGAUGGAAAAUGGAGCAACGGAAAUCACAAGUAAUGUCAUUCAGGGCAGAGAUGAGGACACUGAUGACCUCCGUUUGACCUUCAUUGUCGAAGACCCGCCAAUAUUGGGUGAAAUCCUGGUGAGAGGUGUCCCAUCUGGCACAUUCACCCAAGCUGAUAUUAUUAAUGGUCAUGUGGUCUAUGCUCAUACCAGUGGGGAAAUAGGCUUGAACACAAAGGAAGAUUUUUUCAAUCUCACUCUGACGGACAUGUCUGAUGAGUGGACUGUUGGUGGAAAUAAGAUCACAGGUGUCAGAGUGCAUGUAACUAUUCUUCCCCUGGACAGUCAGGCUCCAGAGGUAUUUGUGGGGCCACAGUUCACAGUUACUGAGGGAGAGAAGAAUGCAAUUCAGAUUCUUCAUUUAAGUGCUGAUGAUGUCGACACCCCCAAUGAUGACCUCCUUUGUACAAUCAUUGUACAGCCAACUUCAGGAUAUGUGGAAAAUAUUUCUCCGGCCCCAGGCUCAGAGAAAUCCAGGUCUGGGACAGCCAUUAGUGCUUUCACCAUCAAGGACAUCAGACAGAAUCACAUUUACUAUGUUCAAAGCAUUCACAAAGGAGUGGAGCCAGUGGAGGACAGGUUUACGUUCAGAUGCUCUGAUGGCAUCAAUUUCUCUGAAAGGCACUUUUUCCCCAUCUCCAUAAUCCCCUCCAAUGAUGAAAAGCCUGAGAUUUACAUGAGAGAGUUUGUUGUUAUGGAGGGCAUGAACAUAGUCAUUGACACUCCCAUUCUGAAUGGCGCUGAUGCAGAUCUCCCCUCUGACCAUCUCACAUUCAUCGUCACCAAACCCCCCAAGCACGGAUUUAUUCUCAAUCAGCUCACCACCGGCACUGUUCCUGCCUCUAACUUCACCUUGGAUCAGAUCAGGGAGGCCUCCAGCAUUGUGUAUGAGCACGAUGACUCAGAAACCACAGAGGACAGCUUUGAUAUCGUCCUUACAGACGGAAAGUUCAGUGUAGAGAAAACAGUAAUAGUUAUGAUUAUCCCUGUAGAUGAUGAGACCCCAAGGAUGGCAAUCAAUGAUGGCCUUGAAAUUGAGAUAGGUGACAUGAAGAUUAUUAACAGCAAUAUUUUAAAAGCUACUGACCUGGACUCUGAGGAUAGCAUGCUAACAUAUAUUAUCAGAUAUGGGCCUGGCCAGGGCUUUUUGCAAAGAACAACACCUUCUGGGGCAUUACAGAAUAUUACAGUUGGAAUGAAUUUCACUCAGAACGAAGUAGAUCAGGGUUUGAUUGUGUACAUCCACAGCGGGCAAGAGGGAAUUCGAGACCUCAUCAAAUUUGAUGUGACAGAUGGCAUCAACCCUUUGAUUGACAGAUAUUUCUAUGUCACAGUUGGGGGCAUUGACAUGGUUUUCCCUGAUGUUGUCAGUAAAGGUGUUUCCCUUAAAGAGGGUGGCAGAGUUACUUUGACCACAGACCUUCUCAGCACUAGUGACCUUAACAGCCCAGAUGAACAUUUGGUUUUCACAAUCACCAGAGCUCCAAUGAGAGGGCAUCUGGAGUGCACAGACACACCUGGGAUGCCCAUCUCAUCCUUUACACAGCUCCAGCUGGCUGGUAACAAAAUCUACUACAUCCAUACUGCUGACGAUGAAGUGAAAAUGGAUAGCUUUGAAUUUGAAGUGACUGAUGGCUACAACCCCGUGUUCCGCACUUUCCGCAUCUCCAUCGCUGACGUGGACAAUAAAAAGCCUGUGCUGACAGUACACAGUCUGGUGGUGACUGAGGGGGAAAACAAACUCAUCACACCUUUUGAGCUAACAGUUGAGGACAGAGACACCGUUGACCGCCUCUUGAAAUUCACAGUCACUCAAAUCCCUGUUCAUGGUCGCCUGCUCUUUAACAACACCCGGCCUGUCACCUUCUUCACAAAGCAGGACCUGAAUGAGAACUUGAUCAGCUACAAGCAUGAUGGCACAGAGAAUGCAGAGGACAGUUUCUCCUUCACUGUCACUGAUGGCACUCACACAGACUUCUACGUCUUUCCUGACACCGUAUUUGAGACUCGAAAGCCCCAAGUGAUGAAGAUUGCUAUCCUCCCGGUGGAUAAUGGUGUACCGCAGGUUGUCGUAAACAAGGGUGCCCCAACAUUGCGGGUACUGGAGACAGGCCACCUGGGGUUUGUGAUCACCAGUAAGACCCUUAAAGCAGAGGACAGAGACAGUAUACAGAAUUCUGUGACCUUUAGGAUUACUGUAGCCCCAGUACAUGGCUACUUGAUUAACCUCAGCAAAGGAAAUGCCACUGUCAGCACUUUCACACAAGCUGAGAUUGAUGAUAUGAGCGUCUGCUAUGUUCUGAGGGAUGGUGACAAUGCUACAGAUGACAUCUUUUAUUUCUCCAUUGAGGACAGUGGAGGAAACAAACUGAAGAAUCAGCAAUUUCGUCUGAACUGGGCUUGGAUUUCUUUAGUAAAGGAACACUACGUAGUGGAUGAGGAGGUCAAGUACCUGGAGGUGGUGCUAAAACGUCGGGGCUACCUGGGGGAGACUUCAUUUGUCAGUAUUGGAACAAAGGAUGGGACGGCAGAAAAGGACAAAGAUUUCCGGGGGAAAUCUCAGAAACAGGUGCAGUUCAACCCGGGCCAGACCACAGCCACCUGGAAGGUCAGGAUCCUGUCAGAUAAUGAGUAUGAAGUGUCAGAGACUUUCCAGAUUGUUUUGUCUGAGCCAGUGAUGGCAGCCCUUGAAUACCCAGAGGCAGCUACUGUGGAGAUCCUGGACCCUGAUGAUGAGUCGACAGUGUUUAUACCCUCAGCUGUGUACAACAUAGAGGAGGAUAUUGGUGAGCUGCUUAUCCCUGUGCGCAGGAGUGGAGAUGUCAGUCAGGAGCUCAUGGUCAUAUGCUACACUCAGCAAGUCUCAGCCACAGGCACAAUCCCCACCACAGUGCUGUCCUACUCUGAUUACAUCUCCAGGCCUGAGGACCAUCACAGCAUCCUGCGAUUUGACAAGGGGGAGAUAGAGAAACCCUGUCGGGUUGUGAUCAUAGAUGACUCACUGUAUGAAGAUGAGGAAAGCUUCAACGUAACCCUCAGCAUGGCCAUGGGGGGCCGCCUGGGCUCAGAGUUCCCCACAGCCAGAAUCACAAUCAUUCCUGAUAUGGAUGACGACCCCGUUUUCUACUUCGGCAACACAGACUACCAUGUGGAUGAGAGUGAUGGCUUCGUGGAGGUGCAAGUGUGGAGGACAGGGACUGAUCUCUCCAAAGGAGGAACUGUCACAGUGCGCUCCAGAAAGACAGAUCCUGUCUCAGCUGAAGCUGGUGUGGAUUAUGUGGGCAUCAGCCGGAAUCUGGACUUUGCACCAGGGGUCACCAUGCAGACGUUUCGUGUGACCAUCCUGGAUGAUUUGGGCAAGCCAGUACUAGAGGGGCCAGAGAAGUUCGAACUGGUUCUGCGGAUGCCAAUGAAUGGGAUCCUCGGGGAGCCGAGCAAGACCACCAUCCUCAUCAAUGACUCAGUUUCUGACUUGCCAAAGGUGCAGUUCCGUGAUGCUGUGUACGUAGGUAAUGAGAACUCUGGCCAGAUCUCAGCUACUGUGUACCGCAGUGGUGAUAUCAGCUACAAGUCCACAGUACGCUGUUACAGCAGGCAGGGAUCAGCCCAAGUCAUGAUGGACUUCAAUGAGCGACCAAAUACGGAUGCUUCCAUCAUCACCUUCCUACCAGGAGAGAUUGAUAAACCUUGUUUACUGGUGUUAGUUGAUGACACAGAACACGAGGAAGAGGAAGAGCUGCGUCUUGUAUUGGGAAGCCCCAAGAGUGAAUCUCCAUUUGGAGCCUCCAUUGGAGGGCAGAAUGAAACACUCAUCAAGAUCAUAGAUGAUGCAGACAAGGCAAUUAUUAGUUUUGGAGAGACCAAAUUCAGCGUGAAUGAGCCAAAGGAAAGUGGCCAAGUCGCUGUGGUGAAGAUCCCAGUUCUGCGUGUUGGAGACACUUCUAAGCUCUCUGUUGUCCGAGUUCACACCAAAGAUGGCUCUGCUACCUCUGGGGAAGACUACCACCCCAUAUCUGAGGAAAUUGUUUUCAAACAGGGUGACACAGAGCACUUUGUAGAGGUGGAGAUUUUAUUUGAUGGGGUCAGAGAAAUGAGGGAGGCGUUCACUGUGCACCUGAAACCCGAUGAGAACAUGGUGGCAGAGAUAAAGCAGAUGAGCAAAGCCAUAAUUUACAUUGAGGAGACCAACAGCAUGGCAGAUGUCACCUUUCCCUCAGUGCCUAGAGUGGUUUCGCUGUUACAUUAUGAUGACAUUGACAGAACCAGGGACUCUCUGCCUGUGGCUGGAUACCCUGUAAUUUGUGUCACUGCCUGUAACCCCAAGUAUCCAGACUAUGACAAAACAGGCUCCAUCUGUGUCAGCGAAAACAUCAACAACACCCUCACUCGUUAUCGUUGGCUUGUUAGCGCCCCCACUGGCCCCGAUGGCGUCACCAGCCCAAUGAGGGAAGUUGACUUUGACACCUUCUUCACCUCCUCCAAACUUAUAACUUUGGAUUCAGUCUAUUUCCAGGCUGGCUCCAGGGUCCAGUGUGCUGCAAGGGCUGUGAACUCGAACGGAGAUGAAGGUUUAGAACUAACCAGCCCCAUAGUGUCCAUCAGCAUGGAUGAGGGAAUGUGCCAGCCUCGUGUUGCAGGCACAGUGGGUGCUGAGCCCUUCUCUGCCAAGCUGAGGUACAAUGGAGCAGACACAGACCACCCCAACCUCAUCAAACUAACUGUCACCAUGCCUCACAUUGAUGGUAUGUUGCCUGUUGUGUCCACCCGGCCCCUGUCUAACUUUGAACUGACACUGAGUGCUGAUGGUACCCGUGUUGGCAACCAUCGCUGCUCCAAUUUGUUGGACUAUGCUGAGGUCAAGACUCGCUAUGGCUUCCUUACUGAAGCCACCAAAAAUCCAGAAGUGAUCGGCGAGACCGCGCCUUACCAGUACAGCACGUCCCUCAGGGGAUCCAGUACGCUGCGAUUCUACAAAAACCUCAACUUGGAGGCUUGUUUGUGGGAAUUCACCUGCUACUAUGACAUGUCUGAACUGCUCAGUGACUGUGGAGGCACUAUUGGGACUGAUGGACAGGUGCUGAAUCUGGUCCAGUCCUACGUGACUCUAAGAGUGCCACUACAUGUGUCUUAUGUCUUCCACUCCCCUGUGGGAGCAGGAGGAUGGCAGCACUUUGACUUACAGUCUGAGCUGAGGCUCACAUUUGUGUACGACACUGCCAUCUUAUGGAGAGAUGGUAUCGGUAGCCCACCAGAGGCAGAGCUACAAGGUGCGCUUUACCCAACCAGCAUGCGUAUAAAUGGACAGGGACAACUGGUAGUCAACUUCCGUACGGAGGCUCGAUUCAGAGGAUUGUUUGUUUUUGCACAUCCAGCUUCUCCACUUAGCUCCAUGGUCAUGUGUCCGGAUCACCCUGGUUUAACCUUUAACCUCAGUCUUGUGAGGAAUGAGCCAACGUACAGCCAGCCCAUCCAGCAGUGGACAUUCAUCUCUGAUUUUGCUGUGCGUGACUACUCUGGCGUGUACACAGUGAAGCUGGUCCCCUGUACAUCCCCUCCCAACUUGGAGUACACCAUCCCUCCUGUCUGCAAUCCCAGGGAGCCUCUCACCUUCGACCUGGAUAUCCGCUUUCAGCAGGUUAGCGACCCGGUGGCUGCUGAGUUCAGUCUCAACACACAGAUUAUCUUACUCUCUAAACGGACACUCUGGCUCUCAGAUGGCUCCAUGGGCUUUGGACAGGAGAGUGACACUGCCUUCUCACCGGGGGAUACGAUUUAUGGCAGAGUGAUGGUGGAUCCGGUGCAGAACUUGGGCAGCUCCUUUAUUUGUAACAUAGAGAAGGUGUUUCUGUGUACUGGAGCUGACGGAUAUGUCCCUAAAUACAACCCCAGCAACUUCGAGUUUGGUUGUUUGGCUGAUGCUCCUUCACUACUCUACAGAUUUAAGAUUAUCGAUAAGGCCCAGCCAGAGACCCAGGCCCAGGCAUUUGGUAAUGUGGCUUUCAGCGCCUUUCUGGCAGUAGAUGACCCUGGUGCUUUAGCUCUGGUGAGACAGCCAGGGGCAGAUGGCUUCAGAAUGGAUUCCUCAGCUCUCUUCCAGGUGGCUGCAGGGAGAGAGUGGUACAUACACACCAUCUACACUGUUCGUUCUCGGGACAAUGCUAACCGUGGCAUCGGCAAGAGAAGUCUGGAAUACCAUGUGAUGAGCCAGCACGCAAAUCUGCUUCCAAAGAGUCAACAUCGCACCAGGAGAUCAGCCAAUGAUGAGCCAGACCUAGUCGAGGAGAUCGGCGUGAAUAACAACCGUGGCACGAAUAUCCUGCACAUUGCGCUGGACCGUAGCACCCAGCAGAGGACGAGUCCAGGGAGGGAGAUCUUCACCAAAGGAAACAUCCCCCGUGAGCUCAACCAGAGAGACAGUGAUGACAGACUAGUGCUGAUCAUAGGUGUCGUUGUUGGAUUGCUCCUCACAGUGCUCCUCGUCAUUGUGGUGGUGUUACUGGUGCGGUCGAAGCAAGAAAAGAAAGAAGUACCGAGGAACUCCAGCAGCGCAGAGCCCAUGAUGACACAAGGCCUGAGCAACAGUGACAGUUCAGAGGUCUAACUAGCAGACUGACGAUUGAGAGAUUUAGUUCAUAUUUUUAUUUUGCAAGUGCCUCACAUUUAAAUAAAAAAUUGAAGAUUGUGUGUGAAGCAUCACAAACUUUAAGAGCUUUGAUUCUGUUCAGAAAUCUACUUGAAAUACUACAUCACUCCACAGCCAGGGAGUGGUCUGGACACGAACUAGGAGAUGGACAGUGUUAGUAGCUGUUUUAAGGCACUUGCCAAGUUGUCACCUCUCACUAAUUGAUUGGCUUUGAUGCCACUUGAUCCAAAAAAAGGUGUUAUUUUGUUUCCAAAGGUGCUACAGAAGAUGCCUCUUAACUUGAAUGGCAUUUGGUGUUUUGCUGAGUAGGGCAAGAGAAGCAGGAUAUUUUGCAUACUGCUGUAAUUGUUAAUAGCGACCUUUGUAUAUUUGAUUGCUGCACCAAGACACUGUCCACUGUUUGCUUACGCUGGAAGAAUCUGUCUGUUCCCAGAGAGAAUGAUUUGUCCUUAGAUCCAGUCAGUGUGUGCCUAAGAAGUCAUGGGAUUUUGAGGUUUUAUGAUGUAAAAUGUUUGUCCCGUGUGAUCUUGUGCUCAUGUUUUUGCAUGCUUCUUUUUUUUUGUAUUUUAAGGUUCAAGAAAAAGGCCUAAAGGCAAAUGAAUUGUGACAAAUGUGUCUGAUCUACUGUAUUCCCACUCAUUUGUAUUUCAUAGUAUAUCCCAUGAAAAACAGUAUUUAUCGGUAGCUAACUCUCAUUGUUACAUUUUCCCUAAUAUUUAGUUGGUGAAGCACUGUAUGAGUUUAGGACCUCAUAAUUGACAUAAAACACUAAAUCAAAUGAGAGACGUGAAACUCUUCUUGUAAAGAGUCUCUAGUACUGCAGCAACUUUCAAGCCAGCUGGUCUGCAAUGUACAGUGUAGUAUAGUAAUAGUUCCAGAUUCACGACUUCCAAGAGGAACUGCUUUCACUCUUGGCAAAAUUUAUGCACUUAGUUUCUAAGUGUUAACUACUGUACCUUUGUAGCGAUAGCUGUGACUCUAAAUCCCUUUUACAACAGCUGUGUGUUGACUGUGCUGUUUAUUCCCCCCCCCCCGAUAGGUUUAUUGGAUUUCACUCAAAGGGAAUGAAAUGUUUUAACCUCAAUCAUCAUCUUUAUUGUCAGUAAUGCUCUCUGAUUCAUUCAUUUUGAACAUGUUUAUUUAUUUUUUCAUGCCUUGCUGUUUUUGUCACAAAUCAUGUUCUUCUCUCCCUCUUUAAUUUGAUUUGAACCAUUCUUUCCUCAAAAUGUAUGCCAUCUUGCUUAUUGUGAUAUGAAUAUACUGUAGAUAUGAACAGUUUGUGUGCCAUGUUUGCAUCAAAACGCCGUAAACGUAAGAUGAAACAUUCUACAAGCUUUCUGUUCAUCAAUUUUUGUUUUUCCUCAGAUCCAGGCACCGGAUUGCCAUAAAAUCUGAAUACCUCUUACUACUGUAUAACCUGUAAUGAUUGCUAACUUCAUAAUCACCACUUUAUAAAUGCCAGUUUAUUUGCAAUUUUAGUUUGAAAUUCAAAGCAAUUCUAUGCAACCUGUGAUAUACCUUCAUCAAAUGUUUACCCCACAUAUGUAUUUUUUCUGUGCACAAUUUGCUUGCUAAUGUAGGUUUGACCCAGUAUCAAAGUACUGUGGUUGUUUUAUUACACUGUAAUGCUUUGAGUGCAUUCUGAGCUUUUUAUGCACAUUUAUGUAUGUAUGUAUGUAUGUACAUAUACAUCAUAUAUAAAUAUACCAUUUGGAUGUUUUGGGAAUGGUUCCUGUUAAAAAUGCAUACUGUAUGUGCUGUAAGUAUUUGUAACAUAGACCAGAAGCACAACAUGGUCUCCAAAUAAAUAAUUUUUCAAGAAAACUA